UUUGCUUUCACUUUUAACUCACUCGUGACCCUGCCCGGACCAACCAAAACGGUUCGGCCGUUUUAUUUUGUAACGUUGCACGUUAAAAAGUAUAUAUAUAUUUCAAAAUCCUAAUCUGUAACAAUGGAUGAUGAUUUACCAAUCGUUGGCCCUGCAGUAGAUUUAGCUCAGGCACCUCCAAUUAAUUACAAACGAACGUUGGCAUUUUUGAAUCAUUUCGUGACGCAUACUGUUCGUUUUUUGAACAGAUUUUCGGGAGUUUGUGAGCAGAAAUUAUCGGAUCUUCAGGUGAAAAUCCAAAGGCUGGAGAUAACACUAAGUAUACUAGAAGCCAAGCUAUCCUCAAUUCCUGGUUUGGAUCAAAUAUCUGCACCUGAAUCUACAACAACUGUAUCGUCAGCGCCAGUUACUAAUGAAGAAAGUGUACCAAAUAAAAACUUACAAUCUGAAGUGAAAUCUCCGGUUCAGAAUGAUGACAAUGUUCCGAUUGAAGCAGCAGUGGAACCGGAAGUUCGCAAAAUGACUGUAUCACAGGACCCACGUUAUGCGAAAUAUUUCAAGAUGUUGGCGUUUGGUGUUCCACUCUCUGCAGUAAAAGGUAAAAUGGCAGCAGAGGGCUUUAACGCAGAUUUGUUGGAUACCCCAGACGCACCAUCCGACGGCGGAGAUGCUGUCGCACUGUCCGAUGGUGACGAUAGCGAUGACGACAAUGACAGAGAUUCGUCUUCUGAGGCAUCUUCGUUUAGUGAUGAUGAUUGAUGAUUACCCAUGCAGAUCUUAAUGACACGUCAGUUGUUGUUAAACGAUUGUUGUGGUAUAAAUCGUAAGAUGCUAUGAAUAGGAGUCCCCUAAAUGUACUUUUGUGACAGAAAUUCUACCAAAAAGUAUUUGGUUAUUAAAUUCUCUUUUUUAAAUUAUAAUUAUAUAUAGUUGUAAAUUUUUGUUUGAUCUACUUUAUAAUUAUCA